GCAAAGGCAAAAACAAACACAGGUAGGCGGUGGUGCUGUGGAUCUCCGAGAACUGGUUCAGCAGUGAGAUGGAGGGUGAAGGAGCGAGUAGCAGCGCCGCUGUGGAGAGUAAAGCCGGGUUUGUGCUCGGGAACGUGGCGGAAGUGGUGGAGAAGAUCCUGAGUUAUGUGCCGACUAAGUCCGUGCUGCGGAUAGCGAGUGUUUGUCGGCUCUGGAGGAACUGCGCACGGAGAGUGCUGAGGACGCGACAGAAAACCACCUGGCUCUCGGCUUCUGGUUCGUCACGAUACGAAGAACACGUUCUCCUCAGAACCAUGGAGGAAGGACUGGAGAAUGUCUUCCUGUUGCCCCAGACGGUGAUGUUGAUGGUGGACCAUGAGCACUUUGCUGGAUAUCACAGCUCUUUCAGACAUAAGAAAGCCAGGCGGUGUCAGCCGGAGGACGAGGUGGACGUGGAGGACAAGCUGAGACGCAUGCUGCCCAGCAACUGUAACAUUUUAUGCAUCGUCACUCCAGGAAUCGUGUUGACCCCCAGCGAGCCGACCUGCCGCAUCCCUAAGGAGUUCAUGGAAGGUGAAGCAGGUUUCAGUCUUCUGUUUCCUGCCAUAGAGGGCGUUCACAUCCGCCCGUUCCACUUCUGUAAAAAGAGCCUGACUGACGGCGCUUUAGAGAAAGCAGGCUUGAGUGGAAAUCCUGACCUGAAGGUGGUGCUGCUGUUUGGCUACGACUCUUACAAAACCGGAGCGGCUCGCUUCCUUAACCAGCUGCUGGAGCCUCUGGGGCGGAGCAACGUCCUCAUCGCGGGGGGUCACGUAGAGAGAGCGUUCCCGCAGGCCAGAGACUGCUGUUCUCCGGGUUCCUUCGGCGUGGUGGGUCUCACCCUGAGUGGUCCCAGGAUUCAGGGUGCCUCGGUGCUCCUGGAUCAGGACGUGAGCACGCCCGCAGCGGCCGAGGUCACCAUCCGCCGCUUAAAAGCCACCAACAUUCCCGAGUCCAACACUGUCGGCUUCAUGUUCGCCUGCGUGGCGCGCGGACACAACCACUACAACGGCCAGCACAACGUAGAGGCCGACGUCUUCCACAAACUCUUCCCCGGAGUUCCUCUGUUCGGAUUCUUCGGGAACGGCGAGAUCGGCUGCGACCGCAUCGUUAAGGAGAGCUACACGCUUAGUCAGACUGACGCUAGCGGGCUGCAGCAUGGCUACACCACCGUCAUGAGUCUGGUGCACUUGGGAUAAGACACACACACUCUCAGGACGCUUUUUUUGCUUUGGCGUUCUUUUUUUUUCCCAUGGCUAAAAGUUACAAAAAGUCCUUUUUCGAAAUGACUUUAUCUUUUUAACCUGACUUUAUUACAUAACAGUGCACUUUUAAAACAUAAAUCACUUAACCAUAAACUCUGGAAAUACAUUGGAAACAUGGGAAUUAAUUUAAUAAUCUCUGCGUACACUCAUGCACUUAAACACAAACAAACCACCUUGCUGUUGUGGUGUUGGAUACAUGUAAAAAAAAAAAAAUCUUGAUAAAUAUUUUUUUGUAAAUUGGAUCUGGACUUAACUGAAAUGUAAACAGUUUGCUGAAGAUCGUGGUCCUGAUGUACACCCCCCCC